UUUCCAGCCUUAUACAUGACUUAUACAGUUUGCCUGCAACUCGGACUUCGCGUCCCGACUGAUGUCCCGAAUGACACGACUUUUGCUAGUGGAUCAUUAGGACGAAGAGCUCUCUCGGGUCUCUCGGUGGGCCAUCGAGUGGUCAAUAAUAACCGACAGUUUCAAGAAAAUGUCUCCAAAUUCAGGAUCUUCCACAUCCGACACUUUAAGACUUCUGCAGUUUUCAAUGACGAGGUGAUGACAGUGAACACGCCAGCGUUUGCAGAGUCUGUCACAGAGGGAGAUGUCAGGUGGGAGAAAGCUGUGGGUGAUACAGUCGCUGAAGACGAGGUGGUAUGUGAAAUUGAGACUGACAAGACAGCAGUGCAGGUUCCUGCUCCACAUGCUGGUGUGAUUGAGGAACUCCUGGUCCCCGAUGGAGGUAAAGUAGAAGGAGGAACCCCUCUCUUCAAACUCAGGAAAACACAAGCUGGUGCUGCAAAGCCCAAAGCAGCAGAAGCUCCAACUGCUCCCCAACCAGCAGUGACACCACCUUCAGCCCCUGCACACAGCACAGGGCCAAUCCCAACCACAAUGCCGCCUGUUCCACAGGUAUCCACACAGCCCAUGGACAGUAAACCCGUCUCAGCAGUGAAAGCCUCCGCGGUGCCUGCAGGAUUCUCAGUGGAAGCCCCAGAUGCAGGGCUGAAAGGUGGCAGAUCAGAGCACAAGGUGAAAAUGAACAGGAUGCGGCUGCGAAUUGCACAGCGCCUAAAGGAGUCUCAGAAUACGUGUGCCAUGCUGACCACCUUUAAUGAGAUUGACAUGAGCAACAUCCAGGAAAUGAGAGCUCUACACAAGGAAACUUUCCUGAAGAAACACAACAUGAAGCUCGGAUUCAUGUCUGCUUUUGUCAAAGCAGCCAGCUUUGCUUUGCAGAAUCAGCCAGUGGUCAAUGCUGUUAUUGAUGAUAGUACCAAAGAAAUAAUCUACAGAGAAUACAUUGAUAUCAGCGUUGCUGUAGCCACACCUAAGGGUCUGGUGGUCCCUGUGAUCCGAAAUGUUGAAAUGAUGAACUUUGCUGACAUUGAAAAGGCAAUCAAUGAGCUGGGGGAGAAGGCUCGUAAGAAUGAACUGGCUGUAGAAGAUAUGGAUGGAGGUACUUUCACUAUCAGUAAUGGAGGUGUGUUUGGCUCAUUGUUUGGGACUCCAAUUAUCAACCCACCUCAGUCUGCUAUCCUGGGUAUGCAUGGCAUCUUCCAGAGGCCAGUUGCCAUUCAGGGCAAGGUUGAGAUCCGUCCCAUGAUGUAUGUGGCGCUAACCUAUGACCAUCGCUUGAUUGAUGGAAGAGAGGCAGUGAUGUUCCUCCGAAAGGUUAAAGCUGUGGUUGAAGACCCUCGUGUGCUGCUACUCGACAUUUAAAUCAUUAUUUUUGUUAUUUAAGAAAACACAUAGAGAUACUGAACAGAUGUCAUAUGCAUUUUCAUCCUAUUAUUAAAUGUUAAAACUUUUUUGGCGUUUUAAAAAAUAUAUAUUAAUUGUAAAUGAAUGUUUUGUGGAGAGAUUGCAAUUGUGUACAGAUCGGUUAUUGUGGAUGGAUACUGCAUGUUAGAGACUUGCUGGUAGAUGCAGCUAACCUUAGUCAGUGCACAGGCUUAGGCAACCUGUCCUGAGAUUGUCAUUGAUCUUCCCAUGUUUGGAAGUGAGGGAAGUUUUUAACUUCAAGGUAAGAAAACUAAAUGUUCUGUGUAAGGCAGAAUUAGCACACUCAGUAUUGUAAUGCACUAACCUAUUACUUGUCGCAAACUCACUUUAUUUUAUAUGGACUUUCUGCCAAGUUAGUACAGUUUGGAUUUGUACCCAGCAUCUUCAGCGAGAGAUGUUGCUUGAGAUCCAAUUGAGCUCUGCUUCCAACAUUACAAGUAACAGACGUCAUUGAAGAUUGGAGUACCACAGGAGAUGUCACUGCUGUUUGAGGCUGAUGCCUCGCUGGCUCCUGUUGACAAGCACCUCGUGCAGGAGCUCUGAAAGGUACCCAUUCCUUGAUUUAGCACUUUCCUGUUCUGCUGGAAGCAACAGUGAUUUCUGAGGGAUUUCCCCACCACCACCUCACUCAGCACCAACUGCACCAAAAAAUUGACAUUUUGAAUAUUGCCGUUCAGUUUAAAUCCAAACUAGACUGAACAGCUGAAAGCCUUUUAGCUCAGUCUCUGCUGGCUGCAGUUGUUAUGUCAGCUGAUUUGGGGACAAGGUUCAUCUUGCCUCUCAUGUCUGCACUAUAUAAGUUGGUGUUAAUUGAAUAUAAAGCACUACCUUUGCCCAGGAUGGCAGGUGUAGGAGCUGGAAUAUCAUUGCUGUUCUGGGGACAAUGUGAAGUUGGAGGUUUAGGUACAGUUAGGUAGAGUUGAUGGAGUUUUACUCUGGCAUCUAUCUUCUGCUUUAGUGCAGGAGUACUUGGUAUCAAGCUUUCUCCAUUUCUGAUCCCACCUCCUUAAACACCGUCCACUUCACUACCACAAACGUACAUUAUUUUACUUUCCUUCCUUUCCCCUCGUCCCCCGCCCUCACUCCACGACCACCCUUGUCACCAUUUAGAUAAAAGGUAAAGAGGUUUGUCUCCCGAUGUCCUCCAUGCUGUUCAUUGGGAAGAUGUGGUUUCUGCAGCAGGACAGGGUUAAGGGAUGCAAGAUGUGUAAUGACCCGGGUUCGAUUCCUGGACGGGGCAAAACGUUGAGCAAAUUUCUUUACGCCUCAUGCCUCUGUUUACCUAGCAGUAAAUAGGAACCCAGUUAUUAGUUGAUUGGCUGAUCGCUUUUCAGGGGGUAAUAAUUCCUUCAAAAUAAAUUUUAAAAAUAAUUUGGUCACUCAAUCCACGACUGUUUGUGGGACAUUGAAGUGUUUUGAGGUGUCUCGAAGAUGUGAUAAGGCACUAUUAUCAAAUGCAAGGAUUAUUAUUAUCCCUCUCUCACCACACCCUACCCUGUGUUGCUGGCUAAUAACUCAGCUGAGAAAGCAUUUGCCUUUACAAGCCAAGGCCCACUUUUACCUAAGUCCAACUGACAUCCUGUCAUCUCCAUGAAUUGAGCAAUCUUUGCAAUCCCAAAACACGCACAACCUAUUCAUCCUAUACAUUGUCGCUGUAACAUUCAACACCCGGUGUGAUGUGAAGAUUACAAAGACUGUUCGCCAAAUCAGGUAUUCUUUGAAUAAACACAGACCUAUUGGA